GCCCAGCCGUUGAGAAGAUGGCGGCCACGGCGACGUUCAGCGCGGCCGGCGACCCGGAGGCGCAGAAGUCGGCGUAUUUGUCCUCGAUCAGCUCCAUGGCCCGCAAGAUCAUGCAGGAGCGGGAGAGGAUCAAGGAGAGACACGGCGCGGCGUGGCUCGCCAUGAGCCCCGCCGAGCGGGACACGGCUAUCGACGACGGCAUGAUGGCGCCGACGGUGCGGGCACGAUACGCCGCGCACCGGGCGGACCGUGAGGAGGUCGUCUGUUACCCCAAGCUGCUCGUCCAGACCGGCCAGAAAGUCGUGCACUUCGGAGAAGAGGAUUUAACUUGGCAAGAUGAGCAUUCAGCGCCCUUCUCUUGGGAGACCAAAAGUCAGUUGGAGUUCAGUGUGAUCUUGGCCGCUCCGGAGACCGGGGUCUCAGCCUCCGCGACCGAGUCCAAACCCAAGCCCCCCCAGAACGGCAAGCCGCCCGGGGCGGAUGCCUCGGCAGCAGGCCGCCGCGAAGAGGAGUCGUCCUUCUGGAAGUUCAGCGCCGAGCGGUCCAGGCUGGAGGGCGAGAAGGCCGACUUCCAGUCUCUGACGCCCAGCCAGAUCAAGUCCCUGGAGAAAGGGGAGAAGCCGCUGCCCUCGUACCUGAGGUCGGACGCCGGGGCCAGGGACGCGGAGGAGCCGCAGGUUUCUCGGUCCGUCAAGCAAAGAGCCCCCAAGCCUCCGGCGCCCCCUCCCCCGGCGCCCAUCAGCGUCACGCCGGCCACUAUGAGCGUGACUUCGGUCCCUUCGGGCAGGUCCUCGGCGUCUGGAGGUUGGGAGAGGGCUCAGAGCACUCUGCCCUCCGUUAGUAGCACGCUGGACGAGGUGUUCACGCCCGGACUGGCCGCCAAGUCCCCGUCUACUUCUCCUAAAGAGAGUGAGACGGCUGAUGGUUCGUCUGCCACUGCGACCACCUUCUCGCAAUUCAACACAAGCAGCUCCAUCCUGAAGACUGGCUUUGAUUUCUUGGAUAACUGGUAACCUCUGAACUUCUCCUCCGGCGAUGUUCCAGGCUAAAGGAGCUCUCAGCUUCCCUCCACAAUACAGAACGCUUGCAGUUCAACUCUUCAUAUCCAGAAAUGCAUUAAAGCUACAGUCAGUAUAGAAUGUCUCAAAAUUCCAUGUAAAUUGACCACUGUUCCCAUGCUUAAUUUAAAAACUGCGUAAAUAUAAUAGGUCAGCUUUGGGGUAAAAGCGCUGUAUCGAUUAGAAUUUGUUCUUGAAUAAUUGCUAGUUAUAGCUGCUGAUAACUGUAAUUAGUUCACUACAGAGGAGUAGGGGUUUGAUAUCCGAAACAAGAAGAGCAAAUGUAAGUAUGGUAACCCGCCCCCCCCAAAUAAAGAGAAACGCAUUCCUCAGUCUUCCUGAUUGUAGCUUUAAGACUCUGUGGUAGGUCUCUCUGUGGUGGGUCUCUCUGUCCGAACUCCAGGGUAUGGGGCCAAUGCAGCUUUCGUGUUUGAAAUAAUAAUCUAAUAUUUACACACUAGCGCAAACGGAGAACGACCCGAAGACGUAUGUAACCCAGGAAAAACUCAAAACGCUUCAAAGAGAAAGAUCUGAUUUAGCGCUAAUGCUAAGGAGUCCCCUAUAAUCUUGUUAGCGUGUUAACAUUUUUAAAAUGCCGUAUUUAUUCCUUUAAGAGGCUCUUGAGUCUGUCUUGGCUUCACUGCCUGGCAAUUUUGCUGUUAAUCUUUAUUACUUAGACCUGAGAACUAGUGUUGCAAUGCUCCAGGACGUCUUGGUUGUCGACAUAAACGUAACGAAAAGUGAUGUUGACAGGUCACAGUUGGAUUUUUACAUUUACUUCAGUCGACGGUCACAGUUGGAUUUUUGCAUUUACUUCAGUGUACUUUGUAUUUGUGGACUUAUAUAUACACGCGACCGGUCAUUUACUCGUGAUUUGUUUUUCAUGAUUGGUGUACUGCACUGAAAUAUAUAUUUAUGAAACCACAUA